AUUAAAUACCAGACACCCGUAUAAUCUGACAGCAGAAAUGUACAGUUAGACGUUUAAAAUCAAGACAGCUACUCUACUUUAUUCUCGGAAUAAAUCGUUUGACCAAAUGCCCUACUCAAAUGAGGUCAGUUGAAUGAAAUGGAUCCUCUUUCUACUACACUCACAGACGAUUUUCUCACGUGCACAAUAUGCUAUGAAAUAUACACAGAACCAAAGACACUGCCUUGUCUGCAUUCCUUCUGCAAAGAAUGUGUCCUCAAUUUCAUUCACAUGAACUAUUCAAAGGGACCGUAUCAUUGUCCCAUAUGCCGGGAAACAUUCGUAUGGGGUCUGGAAGGUUUGAAGACGAAUUUCUGUUUGCAAAAUAUGAUUGAAAUGAUUACAAAAGCUUCUGCAUCAUCCAAAACACCGUGUUCAUUUUGCAAGUUAAUGAAGAAAGACUACGCAGCUGUGUCACAGUGCUUAACAUGCUUGGAUUAUCUAUGUGAGGAAUGUACGACCUCACGACAUACAUUUACUCGCCAAACAUUCAAUCAUAACGUUGUGCUGUUGAGUGAUGUCAGGGAAGGCAGAUAUGACAACGAAAUACGGCUUGUACAGAAGAUUUACUGCUCCCGACACAGCACUGAAGUAUUGCGUUACUACUGCGUUCAGUGUAACAUAACCAUUUGUCGCGAUUGUGUUAUCUGCGAUCACAGAAACCAUGAAAUCAAACCCAUUCCCGACGCUAGAAAGGAAAGGGAGAGCAAAAUAUCAGAAUUAACGAAGCUACUGAUGAAAAGGGUGGAAGUUUUAGAACAAAAUAAUUCAGACAUUACUAUGCGUAUGGAAACAUUGGCUCAAAGAGAAUCUAUAGUCCAAAGAGAGAUUGGGAGGACUUGCAAAGAGGUCAUUAGCAGCAUUCGUGAAACACAAAAUAGAAUGGAAAAAGAGCUCGAAGCACGACUGGUGUCAGGAAGAGAACGCUUACAAAAUGCGUUGGAGAAAUCUUCAAAAGCAUGCAAAGACAUUAAUGAAUCGAUCAUGUUUUCAGACAAAAUGCUAAAGAAUAGCAACGAUGUUGAAGUUUUGUCUUUUCUUGAUGAAAUGUUCGAAAGGCUUACAAAGCUGAACAAUGCAGAUAUCACACAAGAAAUUGUGUGUCCUGCUGUAGAGAUCCCUGAUUUUCAGAUGAAGUGGCAUGAACCUCAGUAUACAUUCACAUUGCGAAAAGAGUCAGAUUCUACAUAUUGUGAACAGGAAGAAGGUGACAGAAAAGAAAAUGCAAUGAUUGCUGAUCAUGAGACUCACAGACAAAAGAAUUGUGCGACCAAUCUUUCAAAAUCCCUCUCACUGAGUAUGCCAAGCCUUAAUGUAUCUACGUGUAAAAAUCGGCAUAAAUAUAAUUUAAGACUUCUUGAUAGUUUUGAAUUGAAUGAAAGCGACGAUAAAUUCCAACCUGUCUAUUCGAGUGUUGCCUGGAUAGACGAAGGAAAUAUAGCAGUUGUUGACAAGGAAAAUGACAAGAUCAAGCGACUCAAUUUAUGUACAGGGACUAUCAAUUCGAAGACCAUCAAUAAGGCAUUGUCAAUAGCUGUAUACGAAAAGGGCAUAGUUUGCAGAUCUGCUGAUUUUUGUAUGAGAGCAUUUAACAAGACAUUUGAGGAGAUAAAAAGAGAGACUGGGGUGUAUACCUUAGUUGUAUCUUCACCACAGAACCCGUAUUUAAUGUGGAUAACAAAAAAGAAAAUAUUUAUCGAGAAAGACGGCGCUUUAUUCAGAAUUUGUGUCAGAAGUGAGAAUAUAAAAACUGCAUUACCAUCUGUGCCAAUAUUUGGAUGCUAUCUUCCAGAUGACACAUAUGUUGUGUCUGACAGUGGCAAUCGGUGCGUUUAUGUCAUUAACAAUCGUGGGGAAAUUAUUAAGAAAAUAAACCAUUUCCCAGGAUCCAUUGCAUACGAUAGAAGUCAGAAUAUUUUUAUCACAGAUUUUGAAGGUGGAAGCAUUUCAAUUUUCGAUCAAAGGAAGUCGUAUUUGACGCAUUUGAAAAUUGGAAAAUGGGAUUAUUCACCACGGAGCAUUUCAAUAUUAGAAAAUCGACUUUUGAUCACGACCAAACACAAAAUUCUCUUGUACGAUUUAAGUUCUAUGUGAAGAAAUAAGUCAUUGAAUUCAUUUUACUACAGGAAGAAAUAAAGGAGAAAGGAAAACGUUAUGCAACUUUGGAUAUUCCAGAUUAGUGUGUUUACUGAUCAUCCAUAUAUUUUCUUUAGAGUGUUUGAUGGAGUUUUUAUUUAUUGCAAGCAAUGCACGAAAUGCAACACUUUCUCACAAUCGAAAAAAUACACGAAAUGUUUAUACUUUAAAAUUUUAAAACGGAGGAUUUUAAGCAUUUAUUUGCUGAGCGUUUUUAUGUAAUGAAAUGCAGAUGUGUUGGAUGUCACUAACACCCAUGAGUAACAUCUAUUACAGUCAACUCAAAUAAAAUGAAAAAAUACAUAAAAUGGAAAGUGAUCAAUAUUACGGAUACCAAAAAAAAAAAAAAAAACCCCGAGAAAA